CUCUGGUCAUCUCCUGUACUAUGUUUGCAGUCUCUGGUCAUCUUCUGUAGUACGUCCACAGUCUCUGGUCAUCUCCUGUACUAUGCCCGCAAUCUCUGGUCAUCUCCUGUACCAUAUCCACAGUCUCUGGUCAUCUCCUGUACUGUGUCUGCAGUCUCUGGUCAUCUCCUGUACUGUGUCUGCAGUCUCUGGUCAUCUCCUGUACUGUGUCCGCAGUCUCUGGUUAUCUCCUGUACUAUGUCUGCAGUCUCUGGUCAUCUCCUGUACUGUGUCCGCAGUCUCUGGUCAUCUCCUGUAUUAUGUCAACAGUCUCUGGUCAUCUCCUGUAUUGUAUCCGCAGUCUCUGGUCAUCUCCUGUAUUAUGUUCACAGUCUCUGGUCAUCUCCUG